AUUGUAUCGUAUUGUUAUAAUAGUGAUUUUGUUAUCAUGAUGCACAUUAUGCACAAGUCUACCUGAAGCAAAAUACAGGUUUUAGAGUGGCCAAACCCACAUUUGAACCCAACUGAGAAGCUGUGUUUCGUCCUUUGUUGGCUCCUUUAAAUACAAAUUUUAACACUGAUGCAGUACCAGUGGAAUGAUGAGGCAUGAGGAUGACCAAUAAAGACUGUACUGCAACAGAUGAGCUGACAAGGUGGAGCAGCUCGGUAGGAGUGUCUUCUAGAGUAGAGAACAGUGAGUUUUUAAAAACUCCAGCAGCAGCACUGCUGUGCCUGACUCACAUUAGUACCAGCUAGGUAGGAGUGUCUAUAGAAUGGACAGUGUUUAAAAGCUCCAGCAGCACUGCUGUCUGAUAUACUAGUACCAGCACAACACACAUUGAUGGCUGAGUUCUAUCACUGUGUCAAGGGGUCACUGAGUCACAGUAUCUACAGUGUAGAUUGCGCUGUUAUGAACGUUUAUAGUUGUGCAUUCAAGUGUCUGCAUCACUCUCCAUUUUAACCGCAAAGAUGAGAAUGUAUAGGUGAAAACAUGUGGCUUGGGGAACCAAUCACAGUUGCUGCCUCUAUGUUGCUGCAGCACAUAUUCACAUUUCUGGGGAGGUGAAAGUCAGCGUAGUGCAGGGAUCGACAAUUAAGUCCUCAACGCACAUGCCGUCAUCAUUCCAGUGUCACUGCAGUGCUAAGAAUGAUCCACAACCCAGAUAACCACCAGCUCAGUGGUUGCCCUACGUGGGCCUGUCCAGUAAAGAACAGGGUGAAGGGAGUAUAAUAAAGCAUGCAGAGAAACAGAUACAGGACUAAAACAGUAAAAGUUGUCAGCAGAGGGAGGCAUAAAGUGCUGUAAGAUUCUCUGGGAAAACACUGCCUUGAUUUUGGACUUAAUAAAACACAGUGGACCAACACCAGCAGAUGGCAUGUCUCUCCAAGCCAUCACUGAUUGUAGAAACUUCACACUAGACCUCAAGCAGUUUGGACUGUGUGUCUCUCCACUCUUCCUCCAGACUCUGCUCCCUUGAUUUCCAAAUGAAAUGAAACAUUUACUGUUGAUCAGUGAUGUAUAUAUUGGAGAGUCAUGUCAUCGGCUGGUGUUGAUCCACUGUGUUUUAUUAUCAAGUCUAAAGUCAGUGCAGCACAAAAUCUUACAGCACUUCAUGCUUCCCUCUGCUGACAACUUUUAUAGAGAUGAGGAUUUCAUUUUCCAGCAGGACUUGGCACACUGCCAAAAGUACCAAUUGGUCUUGUAUAAUAUUCUAAUUAACUGAGACACUGAUUUUUGGGUUUCGUUGGCUGUAAUCCAUAAUCAUCAGAAAUAAAAUGGAUCGCUCUGUCUGUAAUACAUCUAUAUAAUAUAUGAGUUUCACAUUUUGAACUGAUAUACGGAAAUAAAGUAACUUUUCAAUGAUAUUCAACAUUUUUGACAUGCACUAGUAUGUAUGUUAAAAACUGAUUUGUUGCUGGAGUGAAAAUGUGACAAACAAGAUUGUGUGGAAGCCUCAUGCAGUGGAUAAUCUGCUCUGUCCUUCAGUUGUCCUAGCUGGAGGAGAGAAACACUCAGACUGUUAAUUAGUCGUGGGUGUUUUGGGAGGUUGAGUGAGGUUAUGUUUUGUGGGAUACGGUUAUGCAUUUCUUUUUUACAGUGAAGAAUUUCUGUAUAACAGUAUAUACAAGUACAGUACACACAAGUCCAGUGCUGCAUAGCUUAAGCGUAGUAUCUGAUUUUUGUCGCAUGCUGGUUGAUGAAGAUUAGUCCGCUCACAGAUUAGAGCUGGCUAAGCCUCGCUUACUCUCACUCUCGAUCAGUAGCAAGAGGAAGAGCCGGUAGCAACCAUUAGCGUAGAGGAUCAUAAGCUGUUUAUGUCUCUUAUCUCUUAUAUCACACUGCUAUAAUGUUCUGGGCAACAUAUUGACACAUAUUUAGUUGAUUAUUGACAUGCAUAGAGGGUCAGUUAUAUGGAAGAGACAGGAUGGGCAAAAGCUAAGAAGGAGCUAAGAAGAAAAAGUAGUGUACGUUCAAAUGGAGAGAAGAAAGUGCUGAUUGGAAGGUGGAGGGUUUCUCUUCUGUGCUGAUUUUUCCUCUUCUGAAGAUGAGGUUUGGUGCACUGCUUUGGCUCUUUAUAGGGUCUUCAUGUGGGAUGACCACUCAGAUACCGGAGACAACACCAACAACAGAGACUGAAAUAACUACAACCAUCGACCAAGACCAAGGAAGUGGUUUGUUGGAAGUGGAGCAGGAAGAGGAGCUGGGGGACACGUACUGGUCUGGGACAGCGCCUCUGUGUUUCGGGGGCUGCAGGGGGCGACACAGGGAGCUGAAGAAGGACAGCUGUGGAGAUUCAAGCUGCUGCUGGGUGGGCUACAAGUCUCUUUGCAGGGUUAACUGUGGCCCGCCAGACGUGGACUUUAAUGGGGUGGUGUUUGGUAAUGACUGGUGGGUGGGCUCCGUGGUGAGAUACGAGUGCAGGCCAGGCUUUGUGCUGGUGGGGGACCCAGCACGGGCCUGCCAGUCUAAUGGGAAAUGGACUCCGAAGCCGUCCUGCCUCAGAGUGUGUCGGCGUGGUCGGGUGGAGUUAAGUGAGAAGGAAAUUGAUGGAGCGUGUACCUCCACCUGCCCACCCAAGAACUACUCCGGCUCUGGCUCCCAGAGCCACGGCUGCAAUCGCAUCGAUAACUGCAAGACCAAAGAGGCGAACUGGAAAAGCUGGUUUACAGGCUGUGCUUACUGCGAGUGUGACUGCUAUAUACCCUGUGUUUCAGCAUCACCAGGGUAGAAGAUUUUCUCUUUCUCCCUCUCUGUGAUUUGGACAUUCUGAGCAGCGAUGGAUAAUCACGUCUUCACAAGGCAUCGGAAAUCAGCCCUUUCCUGGAUUAUUCUGUUUGAAACUUCCCAGUUCAAAUCAAAGGCUGUUUAAAUCAAAGAAGGUUAUUCACAAAAAGUCUUCUUUCUUUUCAGAAGAAACGUUCUUAUCAGCUUGUGUGGUGAUACAAAAAAAGAUGUCUCCAUAUUGGACCUAUUUGAUUGACCACUGACCACAUCCAGCCAUUCUGAAUGAUUGUUUCUCAGUCUGCACUGAUGUGUUUGAAGGCGGGUGUUUGAAGAAGCCCCCCUGCUGUAUUCACGUUUCAGCAGGGAUUAAAGUCAAUGACCUGGACAGUCUGCUCUAGUCUGAGCUCAGUAUGAAGCUGAGGACUUAAUCUUGUUACCAGCCAACACAGGAGACUGUCUCUGUGAACUCUGUGCUGCUUCACUUUUUCACCACUACAUACUACUACGCGUGGCACCAGAAGCCCUGGACUAGAUAUUAUCAGCAUUGAUAGGAGUGUGUCAGCCCUAAUACAAUACUUCGCUGAGAUACACUGUGUGGACAAAAGUAUUGAGACACCUGCUUAUGCAUUGUUUCUUGCAAUAUUAUGGACAUUAACUACUUCAAAAUUCACUUCUGCAAACUUUGAGGCUCUGUUUAGGUUAGAAUAUUGUUGCUGAUUAGUCAAAAACAAAUAUUAAAGUUUUUGCAAUUUCUUUGGGGAUCAGUAAAGUUCUAUCUGUCUGUCUAUCUUUCUGUCUGUCUUGUCCAUGUUUAUAUUACUGAGACUGUCCUUCACACCGUGUAGAAAUGUAAUGAUGAAGAGAACAUUUUUACAAUUACUAUUUUUGCAUUAACUUUGAUUAAAAGUAAUGUUUCCUGUACAGUUUUCUUAAGGCAAUCAUAUAUUUUUUGGUGGUUCAUAUUUUGGUCCCAAUCUCAUCACAUCCUGGCUCUAAUUAGCUUUAAGAAAAGUCAUUAGCCUAGGGCAGAGAUGUCCAAACUACGGCCCGCGGGCCACUUGCGGCUCGUUUCCUAUUUUGGAGCGGCCUGCGAGGUAUUUUAGAAAUAGAAUGAAAGUUGGCCCGCUGUUAAGCAGGUUUUUAUAAUGUGAGAUUCAAAGUUUGAACGCUAGGUGUCAGAAAAGGGCCAAAGAGUCUAAAAGCGGCGAGAAUGAGCAGUUGUAGCGCAGAAAAAUGGGCCAAAGAGUCUAAAAGGGGCGAGAGUGUUCAGUUGUAGCGCAGAAAAACGGGCCAAAGAGUCGAAAAGUGGAGAGGGUGCUCAGUUGUAGCACAGAAAAACAGUGCAAAGAGUCUAAAAGGGGCGAGAGUGUUCAGUUGCAGUGCAGAAAAACGGGCCAAAGAGUCUAAAAGUUGCCGUAAUUAAGGAGUUUAAUAUUAAGAGUCAUCAUGGAAGGAAACAUCAAUUUGAAAAAUCUUAGUUUACACAACACUGUCAAAGAUAGAUAAAAAGAUAGUUAGUCAAGUAAAAUGGUGUGUAUGUCACCGGGGAAAGGACGCACACCAAAUGACAAAAUACGUUUUGGGGUAUUUUAUUCUGAUUAAAUUGUACUCAAAUCAAUAAAAAUAAAAUGAAUACACUGUAAAACCCUAGCUUAGAACACAGUACAGUAUUUGGUAGUGGCACUAAUUACAGAAAAUAGAUAAAUAACAUUAAUACCACAUUAAUACCAUUAACAGAGCUCUUUUUAUAUUUGUUUUUAAGCUCACCUCGAUUUACUCAGCUUUACUCAACAAGAUUUGAGCAUUUCAUUAAGAGAACUUGGAUAAACAGCUUCUGUAACCCAGAAAAAUACAAGGCUUGACCACGAGGAGCACACUACCCCACAGAAACAAUGCCAUCUGCCCGCAUCUGGUUGUGAUUCAUCCAAACAUCUACUACUGUUAUAGGCCAACUAAACCUUAUAUUGUUCAGUAUUUCCUGAUUUUUACUUAUUUCAUUAGGAUGGCUCUGGAUGAAUCCUAAAAUGGAGCACCACCAUUCACUGCAGCUUGAGCCUCCUUCUCUACCAUGCUCUUAGCUCCUCCCUUUCCUCUCUCAGGGUGACAACACUUCUGAUUGUGUUUCUUAAAGUUACAGACACACAUUUUAAAGGUGUAUUCUCAAUUCACCACCUGGCUACAUGUAAAUGAAAGUAAUAAGGAAAAUGUAUUAUUUAAAGUGGUAUAUUUCAUUAUUUGUUUUAUUACAGAGUCUUUGGCCCGUGACUUCAAAUUUAUUUCUCCUUCUGGCCCCCAACAAAAAAUGUUUGGACACCCCUGGCCUAGGGGUUCACAUACUUUCUCUCCCCCACUGUGAAUGUUAACAUGUUGUGUUCAAUAAAACCAUGCAAACAUAUAAUUUAUACUUUUUUCUGUAUAUGUUUAUUCGCUCUAGAGAGUUUUAUUCUAUUGGCAUUACUUUUCUUACAGGCUUACAGGUAUUUUUCUUUCUAUUUGGACACAUACU